GUUAUUUUCACUCCUUUCACUCUCCCAUGCAAUAUUACUACACUUAGAAAGUUACAAAUUUAUAUAUCACGCUUUUUCUUUGACUAAGUAACAAAAACUUUCCUUAUAAAUCAUUUCUUCUCUUCCAUUUCCAUUUCCAUUUCCAUUUUUAUCGCACUCGAAAGCUCGAGAACGCGAUAAUGGGGAGAGCGCCGUGUUGCGAAAAGAUUGGGUUAAAGAGAGGAAGGUGGACAGAUGAAGAAGAUCAGAAGUUGAUGAAAUACAUAGAAGAAAAUGGGGAAGGGUCUUGGAGGUCAAUGCCCAAAAAUGCAGGGCUAUUGAGGUGUGGGAAAAGUUGCAGAUUAAGGUGGAUAAAUUACUUGAGAUCUGAUUUGAGGAGAGGAAAUAUCACACCAGAAGAAGAGGAGAUCAUAAUCAAACUACAUGCAACUAUGGGUAAUAGGUGGUCCAUGAUAGCUGCACAAUUACCUGGAAGAACAGACAAUGAGAUUAAAAACUACUGGAACUCUCAUUUGAGCAGGAAAAUUCACACAUUUAGAAGGUUUAAUGGAGAAGAUAAUGGUAAAAUCUUCGUAAGUUUAAGCCACACAAACAUGCCACCUAAGCGUCGAGGUGGCAGAACUAGCAGAUCCGCAAUGCAAAGAAACAGAAACAACAAAACCAACAACAAUAACAACAACAACAACGUUGCAAAUAAUUUUAUAGCAACAGUGGGUCCCACCACAAAGAGCAACAUAAUGGGGGAUAAAAACUUUAGUAUACCCAAAAAUAAUAAUAAUGAGGUGAUGGACAAUCAGAAUUUAAUGUUUGGUCAUGAAUCAGAUUUGUUGGGUAUUGAAGACAUUAUGGGCCUUGAUGGGCUUUUAGCUACCACAAAUGAAAACAGUGGAAUAGAUAGUGAUGUUGGUGUGGGACCCAAUGAGAGUAAUGGGCCUAUGGAAAUGGGCCCAAUUGCAGAGGAUCAAGAACAUCAGAGUAGUAAUAGCAAUAAUACAGCAAAUGUUAGCACUUCAACUGGAUCUAAUGGUGGAGGAGCAUCAACAGCAUCAUCAUCAUCAAACUUUGAUCAUCAUCAUCAUCAUGACCAUCAUCAUCAUGAUCAUGAGCAUCAUCAAUAUGAUGGUGGGUUAGAUUGGGAAAUAGGGAUCAUUGAUGAUGUUGGACCAGAUUUUCAACUAUGGAGUGAAAAAGAUCAGAUUAUUUCUUGGUUAUGGGAAAAUGAUGAUCAUUUGGAACAACCAGUUUUUGCUGAUCUUUCUAAUAAUUUGGAUGCUGAAAAGGAACAAGCUAUGCUUGAUUGGCUACUUUCAUAACAAGAAAAAAAAAAAAAAGGUUCAAUUAGUGUAGUUUGAUCAUUUGUCACAUUUUUUUUUUAAGGUUUCAUGGUUUUUGGUACUUUAUUAAUACUCUAUUAGGUGUUUUUGGGUUUGUAUAAAGUAGUGGGUAGUAGUAGAGGUGAUCAUGGGCCGUCGUAGUAGUUUAGUACUAGUAGUUGAGUGAUCAUGUCCCUUUUUUGGUUGUUG